CAGAACGAUGGAUCCAUUGAAGAUCUACGCCUGAUCGGAAAGAACAAGACCAAAAUUCUUUCCGUCAUUGAUGGUCGGCGAGCGCAGAACUGCACCAUCCUGCUAAGCAAGCUCAAAAUGUCAGACGAAGAGAUAUCCAAGGCUAUCCUAUCGAUGGACUCCAACGAGCAACUUCCGAUCGACAUGGUGGAACAGCUGCUCAAGUUUACCCCGUCGACUGAGGAGCGUGCCCUGCUGGACGAGCACUCCGAGGACAUCGACUCGUUGGCCCGUGCCGACCGGUUCCUGUAUGAAAUUUCCAAAAUACCUCACUACGAGCAGCGCCUGAAGAGCUUGCACUACAAGAAGCGAUUCCAGGUGACGGUGAAUGACAUCUCACCGCGAAUUGCCAGUGUCAUGGAGGCGUCCCGCGAGGUAGCACGAUCGCGCAAGCUCCGCAAGCUGCUAGAGCUCGUGCUGGCACUCGGCAACUACAUGAACCGUGGGGCCCGAGGCAAUGCGUCCGGGUUCCGGCUGGCGUCGCUCAACCGGCUCGCGGACACCAAGUCCAGUGCGGCCAAGGGAACCACCCUGCUGCACUAUCUGGUGCAGAUCGUCGAGAAGAAGUUCAAGGACGUGCUGACGCUCGAGGAGGACUUGCCGCACGUAAAGGAAGCUUCCAAGGUAGCGCUCGGUGAGAUGGACAAGGACAUUCAGAUGCUUCGCGGUGGGCUGACCGACGUCAGCAGGGAGAUUGAGUUCCACCGGAGUAGUGGUGCGUCACUGCCCGGUGAUCGGUUCCUUCCGGUUAUGCGCGAGUUCCACGCCCAGGCGUCGGUACGUUUUGCCGAGCUGGAGGAUCAGUUCCAGGAUAUGAAGACGAGGUUCGAUCGUGCCGUGCGGCUUUUCGGCGAGGAUGGCUCGAUCGUGCAGCCGGAGGAGUUCUUCGGCAUCUUCGACGGGUUCCUUACCGCACUGAUGGAGGCGAAGAUGGACAACGAAAACUUCCGGCGGCGCCAGGAGGAGGAAGAAAAGCGCGCCAAGCAGGAGGCCGAGCUCAAAAAGCGUACCAUCGAACGGAAAUCCAAAGAGGGUCUGCUCAACUCGGUCGCCGGAAAGCUGGGCCUCAAGUCGAAGCACUCGAAUGGCACGAACGGACCGGUGAUGACCGCCGAUGCCAACAACAAGGGUGAGUUCGACGACCUCAUCUCCGCGCUCCGAACGGGUGACGUGUUCGGCGAGGACAUGGCCAAAUUCAAGCGGUCCCGCAAGACACGCCUCGGACCGAACGGGACCAACAAUACGUCGCCACCGCGCAGCCGGAAUAGCAUCGGACGGGAGGAUAGCCGCGAGCGGACCGUCGUGGCCAAUCGGCGACAGUAGGAAUUCGAGUACUAAAUUUCGGAGUACUCUUCCAAGCUGGGCGGACGAACGAGCCGGCGGAUGGCCAGUAGAUAAAUCAAAUGUUUUUUUGUCUCUUGUUACGCUCUUUCGAGUCGAAUCGUCGUCUUGUAUGUAUCCGGUUCUUCCGCAUUCUUCUGGAGACACCAAUCAUGAUGGGGGAAGGAAGAAACGAGUAAACCUUGUCUAAGCGUUAGGAGCCGUACUCACGCUUUCCUCGUUCGAUAUGGUAGGCCAAAUUAGUGUACGUGUAUGAUAUGCGAGGGAUAUAAAUCAUACCAAGUCAAGUCAAGUCUUUCGAGGUACUCUGACCAGCAGCUUCCUCAAAGUUUAGUACUAGUUUAGCGACCUCUAAGUUACCGGUAACAUUAUUUCCACCUAUUCUUUUUUCUUAUAAGUUUAUUUAAACGACGACCCAGACCGCUCAAACCUGUUAGUCUCUAUCUGUUUAUCGUCCCUUACUCAAACCCCUUGUGUCCCUGUGAAUCUAACCCUUAAGGAACAAUUCUCAGCUGAAGCAGUUUGUUUAUUUGUGUAUAAUUUCGUUGUGUAUAGUG